AUGCCAUCAAAACCUUAUGACUUACAAGCUAAAGGACAUUAUUUAAGUGCGAAAUUUAGAUUUAAAUCGAGAAAAACCAUAUCUAUAACUUUAUUAAUUAUCUUAAUAUGGAGCUUUGUUAACAUUACCUCAAAGUUUGAAGAAUCUAAGAAUAAUAUCGACGUCGUUAAAGGUGAUAUCAUUAAAGGUAACAUUGCUCAUGAAUACAAUAUUGAGGAUGAAAUUAUUGAAGAUAACAUUGAUGAAUAUAAUAUUUUUGAAGAUAAUUCCGUUAAAAAUGACAUUGUUAAAGAUAAUGUCGAAGAUAAUAUUAUAGAAAAAUUAACGACGGAGGAUGAAAAUAUCAAUAUGAAAUACUGUCAAGAAAAAACCUGUAGUUUCAUUUUUCCAUAUUUUCACCCGGAACAAGAAACUCGUGCCAACCUUCAUGUUCGCAUGUACAUAGAAUUAGCACGAGCUACAAAUCGUACGAUGGUCCUGCCAAAUGUUGGCAAUUCGCGAAUUAGAGUGUGUAAACCAUAUAGAUUCGACUUUUAUUUUGAUAUACAAGCAUUACAAGAGCAGUAUCCAGAUGUUCGAUUCAUAACACAAGAUAUAUUUUUGGAAUGGACAAAAGAAAGAAAAACUCGACCAGUUGCGCAACAUUCAUUGAUGAUUGAAGAUGGUAGAAAUUAUACUGCCAAUUUAUGUCUUCAAGAAAAAGAGACUAUGGGUGUCAACGAAGGAAUUAUAAUUCCAGAAAGAAAAAAAAAAGUUCUUUGCAUAGAUCAAUUUAACCUAAAUUUUACUAAUUUCUUAGAAGUUCAUUCCGGGUUCCCACCAAUAAAUCGUGAAGCAGCGUUUCCACUUAUUGUAAACACUCUAAAAACUCCACCGAUGGCAAAAAAAUAUGAAGUAAUAAUGAUAUUUAACAGGUGUCGUAGAGAAAUGUUUCCGGUCAAUAAUGCGGUAAUUCCUUAUUCAAAAUAUAUUAUUGAACAAUCUAAAAAAAUCAGAGAGAAACUUUCACAAUAUAUAGCUAUUCAUUGGAGAAUGGAACAGGGAGAUCCAGAAAUGAUGCCAAAUUGCGCCAAGAAACUAGUUAGAAAGGUGAAAGAAAUUCAAAAAAAAUAUAGAAUAAAAGGUGUUUAUUUGGCAACAGAUUUUCCACUUAGUGGCAAUAAUGCUCAAUCAGAAACAUUCGAAACAGUUUCUAAAUUUCAUAAAGAAGCUAUUGAAAUACUUGGAUUAAAUGAUAAUCAUUCUAAUAAUUUAACAAACAAUAGUCCCAAACAUAAAAUAAAUUUCAGUACAUGGAUUUCGCUGAAUAGUUUAUCAGAAAUUAAAGAUGAUCCAAAAUAUGAAGGGGAUUUUAGAGGAUCUGGUAUACACGGAAUACUUGAUAAAGUAGUUUGCGUAAAUGCAAAUUUUUUCUUAAAGACACCAAAGGGAUGUGGUAGAUCACAAAGUUCUUUUACAAAAACUAUCGUUCAACAAAGAAAAUUGUUGAUGGAGAAUAAUUUAAUUAAUGAAGGUUCUUUUUGGGAUCGAACUAUUUUGAAAAACACAGCAUGA